AGAAAAAGAACCGGAAGUUGCACGCCAUUGAAAUUUUAUUUGACCAGCUUUUCUCACAGGCUAAAAAACAGAUCAAACAUUGCGCAUUACAGCUGUAGUGUACUUGUCGUUGAAGUUACGAGAUGAAACACAACUCGAACGUCCCGGCUUUCCUCACCAAGCUUUGGACGCUGGUCGAGGAUGCAGACACCAACGAAUUUAUUUGCUGGAGUCAGGAGGGCAACAGCUUCCUAGUAUUGGACGAGCAGCGCUUUGCCAAGGAGAUACUCCCCAAGUUCUUCAAGCACAACAACAUGGCCAGUUUCAUCAGGCAGCUCAAUAUGUAUGGAUUCCGUAAAGUGAUGCACAUUGACACCGGUAUUGUGAAACAGGAGAGGGACGGUCCAGUAGAGUUUCAGCACCCCUACUUCAAACAUGGACAGGACGACCUGCUGGAGAAUAUCAAGAGGAAGGUUUCUAAUGCUCGGCCAGAGGACAAUAAGAUUCGACAGGAAGACCUGACUAAGAUCUUGGCAAGUGUCCAGAGUGUUCACAGCAAGCAGGAGAACAUUGAUGCCAGGCUGGCAACACUCAAGAGGGAGAAUGAAGACCUGUGGAGGGAGAUCUCUGAUCUGAGACAGAAACAUGCCCACCAACAGCAGCUCAUCAAAAAGCUGAUACAUUUCAUCAUCACGUUGGUACAGAACAACCACAUCCUGAAUUUAAAACGCAAAAGGCCAAUUCUUAUGAACAGCAAUGGAAAGAAGCCCAAAUACAUCCAUCAGAUCUAUGAUGACAAAGUGUGUGUGGAACAGUCGUCUGUCAACAGUCUGAAUAGCGUUACGGGCUCUGAGACGUCAGAUGACGUUAUCAUCUGUGACUUGACUGAGAAUGAUGCAGAGGCGACUGCUGAGAUCAUAGAGGGAUCACCCAGAGCCUACGAGCAAGGAUACUAUUCCCCUGCAGCUGGCCCAAGUCCCAAAAAAACACGUUGCAGCGAGGCAGAAUGCUUGAACCGUGAUUGUUCGGCUGGUUAGCUGUAGGUGCUAAUCCGUGUCGCCU